AUGGGGGAAGAGGUGGCUAUCAGUGAAGCUACCAUUGGCGAGAAAGGCAAGAGAACUGUAGAACUAGAAGGGUCGGUUUUAGAUAUUCACUUGCAUAGAUGGUCUUUAUUUAAUCGCUCUCUUACUUGGGAAGUUUCGGAUGACGUUUUUCACUGCAACCAAUGGGGUCGACCGGCCGGUCCACCCUUUGGUUCCAAUUUUGUUUCAAUUUCUUUGGGUUCCGGUGCUCCAUGGAAGUUUGCUCUGGGUCCACAGCAGUUUGACAAGGCACGAAUUCAAAAAGCAAUAGGUGACUUAGUCAGUAAAUAA